AUGGUUUAUAAACAAAAAGUCAAACACUUGUUGUACGAACACCAAAAUAAUGUCGCGGAAUCCAAGGCGGAUUCGGCUAUUGCCCUUAAGAUUGCGCAAGAAGAACAUGUUGCUGUCCAAAAAGAAUUCAAGCAAAUCCAAAGAAAUCUUAAAGUACAGCUAAAAGAGGAAGAAUACUCUAGUGAAGAAGGCCAGAGGGCACUGAAGCGUGAACACGAGAAAGAGAUGCAUCUACUACGUGAAGAUUUCAAACAACGGCUAGAUGAACAGAAAGAAGUGUUCAUGAACAAGAUUAAAAAUCUUAGAGAAGAACUCACGUUGCAAAAGAAAAACGAACUCCAUGAAACUGAAGAACGCAAAAACGCACAAAUAAAUGCUCUUAUGCGAAAUCAUGAAAAGGCCUUUGCGGAUAUCAAGAACUAUUAUAAUGAUAUUACCCUCAAUAAUUUGGCUCUUAUUAACACAUUAAAGGAACAAAUAGAAGAAAAACGCAAGAAAGAAGAGAGGCUGGAAAAACAAGCUGCGGAUCUUUUGGCUGAGAACAAACGACUUUUGGAGCCGUUGAACAAAGCACGUGACGAGAAUACGGAAAUGAAACGACAAAUGACCAAUUAUGAAAAGGAUAAGGAACAUACUAAAGUUUUGUUGAAGACUUCGGAAAAAGAGAGAAAACAUGCGGAGUGGAAGUACGAUAUUUUGGAAUCUCGGUUUAAGCACGUAAGUGGAUCCAUGUUCUACUUCCUCCGUCCCAUGUGUAUGGAACGGGAACGUGAUGAACUGUACGAGAAGUUUGUAUCCGCAAUUCAAGAGGUUCAACAGAAAACCGGACUGAAAAAUUUGCUCCUCGAAAAGCGUCUGACCGCACUCACUGAAACAAUUGAGAAGAAGGAGGCCCAAUUGGGCGAGGCUUUGACCGCGAGCAAUUUAGAUCCGGUCGCUAUGGCUUCGGUCAGCCGAAAACUUGGGGAUAUUUUGGACUCGAAAAACACCGCAAUCAAAGAGCUGCAAUAUGAACUGGCUCGUGUCUGUAAGGCUCAUAAUGAUCUGGUUAUGGCAUGUGAAGGGAAAAUGCGGCAGUUCGGCAUUCCAAUUGAAGAGCUUGGUUUCCGUCCGCUCAAAACUUCGUUCAGUGCACAAAAGUUGGGUCAAGGGCCUGCCGGAUUGGUCUCUGUUCCACCGUGA